UUUAGGAAUAAAAGGACACGGAGAUGGACCACGGUGUAACUUUACUUGUGUGAAGCAAGAGACGGAGGACUAUAGAGAUCACGCGGAUGUUGUUGACUGGAAGACCGAAUGCACGCAGAGGUUGGGGCAAACGAGGUGGGUCAAUUUGGGCCUUCUGCUCUGCUUGAGGUUCGGCUCAAAUUCGGUAUCGUAUGGGUCCUGCCACUGCCCCGGACUCUAAAGCGUGGAGUGGUGGCUAUCUUUGUCUAGUAGACUCGCUGUGAACGCAAACAAUAACUCAUCAUCGCCAUGAAUCCUGUUCAGAGCCCCACCUUCUGACCCGGUCAAUGUGCCUGAGCUUUCUGCUGGCAUGGCAGCCCUCUUGAUGCUGGGACUAUAAAGACGGCAAAUUGUUCAUUCAGUGAGUCAUGAGCGGGGUUUCUUUCUACAACUUGCCUCUCGAUGCUCAACCUGCUGUAGCUGAAAAUCAUCGUGGAUCGACUCGAUAGACUAAAAAGAGUUACGAUCCACACAAAAAUAAGAGCAGAAGAGCACAGGAGGUCGGGGAAAUUCUGGAAUUGACCUCAUCAGACCUCCUAUCAUUCAUUCCUCAUAUUCAUUCAUUCAUCUGUGAAGAUUUUCAGCACGUAUUGAGCGAUUGUCAAUUGACCGUUGCAUUCAUAAAAAAAUCCCUCCCAUCCAUAUCUUCUCCUUCCGCAGGAUGGCAUCGUGGGACUUCGACUCGGAGGCUGCUAAUGCCGGCAAACUUGUGGGAGUCGUGGGACUCUGGAGCCCUGUUGGAGAGUGGUUGAUUCGCAGAUUGCUGCAGAAAGGCUACAAAGUCGUGUCUGCCCUGCCUACAUCCCCUGAACAAGCAGCCGAGUUGAUGGGCAUGGCAGGAGCCGAGGAGAGCUUGGAGCUGAGGGAAGCAGAUCUGCUUGACUAUGCGAGCCUUACACAUGCAUUCAGCGGUUGCUCUGCCAUUUUUCUCACAUCUCCCCCGGCGGACUCACUUAACGGGCUUCCGGAGUAUCCAGCAGAAGCGAUUGAGGGUGAAGUGAGAAGCACACUCAAUGUGGUGGAGGCUUGUGCGAACGUGUCUUCCGUCAAACGAUUGCUCCUGACCUCCUGCGCGUCGACCAUGGUCUUCGAUGUCAGACAAUCACCCAACGGUGUGCAGACGGUGGACGAGCGAUGUUGGAGUAAUCUGGACUUCUGCCGAGAAAACAAGUUAUGGGGAGCCGUCAGCAAAACCUUGGCAGAGAAAGCCGCCUGGGCUCUUGCAAGGGACAGAGGAGUGGACCUCGUAGUGAUCAAUCCUGCGACUGUGGUUGGCCCAUAUGCUACCACAACCAGUCACUCUCUUAUGUCUUCUUUGAAAGAGAGGAAGCAGAAUGCAGUUAUGGCAUACGCUCACGUGGAUGAUGUAGCCGAAGCUCAUAUUCAAGCGUUCGAGAAGCCUAGUGCCUCCGGACGUUUUCUGUGCUUUCAUCGGCUCUUCUCCAACAACGAGACCCGCGAGCUCCGAGACACUCCAUACAGCGCCCAAAGUCUUGAUUCCCGAUUCUUGAAGCCCUGGGGAUCGACGUCUCUCUCCAAUAAGAAACUCCAAAGGCUAGCCACAAUGUGAAAUCGCCUGGUCUUAAUGCUUGUGAUCGGGUUGCGUUCCAGCAGAACAAAGAAUAGUAUGUGGUGGAUGGAAAGCAGGAAGUACAUAUACGAGUAUCCCAGAGAACGGAAAGUCAACUAGACUCGUGAUUUAACGAGACCUACUCUUAGGAGUACCGCUGUCAAAGGUGGCUGCAAAGAACAUUGUACAGGCUCCCGACACCACCUAUGUAUGCAGAGAAUGUACACAUUAGAACAGCUUCACUGGUGAACUCAAUAACUCUCUCCUGAUCUGCUCAGAUUGCAUGCAGUGAAGGUGAAGAAGUUCGUCCCUGCCCGACCCUGAAAAACCAUUGCUGCCAGAUCCAUGCUUUCAGAAAUAUUCAUCUCAUGUGAGAUUUAAAUCAAACUUUCGGACUGGUGAAAAUUUUGGCCUUCAAAAGAUAGACCCAAAGUGUACAGUUCACAGUUCUAGAUGUUAGGAGGAUGAGUCCUCGAUGCAAUCCAUUCCUCGUAAGGUCUGGUCCAAGUAUGUCAUUUCAACACUCCAUCAAUAUGACUUGUAAGAUAGCAUAUAGAAUCACGGAGACUUACCACGUGUGGACGAGCCUCUAAACCUGUGAAGAAUAUUGAAUGAACUAUUGACGACACGAAGGAGCAAAGGGGCGUUAUAACUAUCCAGAGUCUCAACGGCAUGUUAUGACUUCAGCUUCAAAUUAAGCUUUCCGCUAUCGACAUAUUAUAGACGUCCAAAAGAUAUGAGAAGUGAUUUUAAAUGUCCGUAUAUUCCAACUCAUC